AUGUAUCAGCAAUAUUUGAGUUAUUUUUCACAAGGAAUUUCUAUCAUUUGGAUUCAUAUCAUUUCUGAUUGUUUGCAAAAUGCAGGGACUCAUUCGUUUUCCAUAGGAGUCACAGAAGUCAUUAAUACAAAUCUCUUGAUAGAACUAAGUGCUGAUGACGUAGAUUAUGUCUACCAAAGGAGUCCUGGGAAAAUCUUAAGCAUCAAUAUCCCAACAUUUGAGGCCCUUACUCAAUUUGGAACUGCUACAAUCACAGCAAAGAAUACUGGUGAAGUGGAAGCAUCCUAUUGCUUAACGUUUGAUUGCUCAAGUGAUGUCACCCUUAUGGAGGAGCAAUACUUCAUUAUGAAGCCAAAAGAAACGUUAACUCGAUCAUUCAAACUUUACCCAGGAACCGAUCAAGCUGCAAAAUACAUAUGUGCAGGUAUGAUCUGCCCAAGCCAUAGUGAUGAUAAAAUGGCCUAAAGUAGUCACGCUUGGACUCAUUUCUGGAUCUUGAAUGCAACUAUACUUAAGGACUCUAAUUAUAAUGAAGUGGAUAGAGCCGAGUGCCAAUUUUCUACGACGUCUACUGUCAUUGAUAAUGGAUCACAGGGUAAUCCCUUUAAGCCACCAAAGACAGGAACAACUGGUUUCUUUGACUCCAUUGAAAGCUUUUGGAACCAUGUGUGGAAGACUUUUAUAGAUUUCAUCACUGGAAAAUCUUGCAG